AUGGCAGAUGAAGGAGACAUUGACCACAUAUUCAUUGAUGCUGUAUCACAGGGUGAUGUAAAUACUGCAGUACAUUUGUUGACAACUAAAUGUGCAGAGGCUGAUAUGCGAUUAGAGCACAAUGGGCUAAUUAAAUCCACACUGCAGCUGGCAGCGGAGAAUAACGACUACGCAAUGGUGAAACUAUUACUUUCACAUGGAUCUAAGCAUAUUUCGAAUCCUGCUCUCCCUGGAGGUUUCGAUGAAGAUGUCCUAACAGGUCGAACGCGAAUAGGUGUGUACACAGCAUUAUGUAGUCCAUCUUACAUAAUAUUUACUAAGGACGAUCCUUUGACAAGAGCGUUUGAACUGUCCGAGGAGAUGUCAACUCUGAUGAAAAGCAACACAGUAAAGGACACUUCUAAAAUAUACUUCUCGUCAUUGAUCAAACAGUUAAAAUCAUUUGCCGUUGAGAUAUUGGAAUGCUGCUAUAAUUCGGAAGAGGUGUCAAUUUUACUUAAGGGAAAGCCGUGCAAAACUGAUUUACAGAGUAGCAUAUCGGAUGUUGACAAGUAUCAUUUGGCAAUACAAGCCAUUAACAGUGACCAAAAAGAGUUCAUAGGUCAUUAUUACAGUCAAGCUAUAUUGAAGCGCCAAUGGGAACAGGGUCAACCGACAUGGUCACAGAAGGAUGGAAUUGGUUGGUCAAUACUGUAUUGGGUAUACUGCAUCAUGGUGUACGGAGUUUUACAAAUACCCCUUGGUGUUAUCUAUGUGUUCGCCCCAUGCUGUCCUACCAGUCAGAUGAUAAACAAUCCAAAGGGAAGAUUUACAAUGCAAGCAUUCGCACAUGCCGUGUUUCUUAUGUUUAUGCUUUGUUUGGAUUUCUUCCAUUCGUCGGAUCCCACAAUGGAUGUUUAUUUAAAUUUUCAUAUAGUAUUUUUUAUACUACUGGUUUGGGUAAUCGCGCUGUUGUACCAAGACAUUCUGCAGUGUUAUCAAAUGGGAAUACUCAAGUACCUCAUUGAUGCUGUGAACAUUUUAGACAUUGUUAUUAAGCUCUCGUUAUUAGCAGUCAUCUGCAUUCAGAUCAAAUUCUUAGGAACACAAACAUAUAGAGAUGCGAUAGUACCAGUAGUCAUUGAUUGUUGGUAUUCAUUUAUAUUCGUUCUUGCCUGUAUCCGUCAUAUAGAGAAUUUGUUUUUAAUGGAGUUUGUUGGACCGAUGUUAUUCCAUUUCUCUAAUAUGGCAACUGAUGUAGCACGUUUCAUUUGUAUCUUUCUGAUUGUGUGUGCUACGUUCGUAUUUGGAUUAUACGAUUUAUAUAAUGAUACUGGAGCCGGCACUGUUUUUACAAGGCUGACAACAACAAUAACGUCACUUCUCGGUAGUGUGUUUGGUGAUAUUGUUGAAUCCGAUGUAUUAGAUGUGUCUGUCAAAUUUAAUGUUAGUUCAGUGUUUAACGAAAGAGCCUCGGAUGUGUAUUCGGCACUUGGAUUCACGCUUUAUUCAAUAUUCUGUCUGAUUGUCGUACUGGUGUUGGUGAACCUCUGUAUUGCAAUGAUGUCAGAUACAUAUUCUAGACUACAGAAAACAUACACGUUUAUUUACUCAUCGUAUUCAUCUGAUAGUAUAAGGUUUGUUAUUCAUUUACUAGGAGCGAGUCGACAUAGAGUGGAAAUUUAA